GCGACGCGGCCAUAGCGCGCUGGCGGUUAAGCCCCGCCCUUCCGGCCGUCGCCAUGGCAGCCAGCAGGGGGGAGGCGGCGGCGUCGCGGAGGCCGCGGUGAGAGGUGGCUUUGCUUUUGCAAGCCGCAAAGGCUGAAGUGACAAAACCUGGACGAACAACAGAAGAUGUCGUCCUAUUUGGCUCAGGAAGUUCAUCUGGCUAGGAGACACGAGGAGAUACUGUCUCAGAGAUCAGCGCUGCUACAGCAGAUGGAGACUUAUCUAGGAGACAAAAAGACUAAAAAGACAUGGCAAACUCAAGCAGCUGAUGCAGCUCGUAGAAGGAAUGCAGCACUUUUAAAUGACAUAGAAGCAGCAGAAAAAAAGCUGCAAGAAAGAAUGUAUUUACUUCCACAUCCCGAUACUGUUAAGCUAGAAACUCUCUAUUGGGCUUCAGUAAAAGACUCUCUUCCCAAAUGGGAAGAGUUUCUUUUAGGAAGAGCAGAAUAUCCCAUUGGUUUUAAGAAACUGAAAACUACAAAACAGAACAACAUAAGCUACCCAGAAGAAGAUUCACAAAAACAAAUACUCUGAUUUUGUUUUGUAACUCUGGUUUGAGCAGACAAUAUCAUCCAGGUUAUAGAAUGUAAUAUUAUGCCAUUAAAUGGUAAUGUAAAUCAUUUGAAAUGA